GCGCGGGCGUCGAAGACAACAUCGGGGCCGAGCGGGCGGCGCUGCUCGCGCGGAUCGGCUCGGCGGCGCCGUCGCCGUACGUGCUGCUCAAAAACAUGUUCGACCCGGCCGGCAAGGACGAGACGAGCGACCCGGACUUCUUCGGCGACCUGCGCGAGGACAUCAUGGAGGAGUGCGGCAAGUUUGGCAAGGUCGAGGCGGCCAAGGUGGACAGGGCGUCGCAGGGACACGUGCUGCUGCAGUUCGACUCGACGGGCUCCGCCACAAAGGCGGCCUCCUCCAUGCACAGCCGCUGGUUCGCGGGCAAGCAAAUCACGGCCGAGUUCACAGACGAGGCCGCCUUCGCCUCGGCGCCGUCCGCGUGA